AAGGGGAGAAGAAUUAGUCGCUGUUGCGCGCCAAUUUCAAAGCAUGUUUUUAUUUUUCAUGAUUUUGCAAUGAUGAAGCAGGUUAAUAUUUUGACCUAACGUUGAUUUUAUUUUUCUUCAUCAACAAUGAGUUGCGGUUUGAAAGGAUCUGGGGAUUCAACCCAACUUGUCGCUAGUGGCGACAGUGAUUCCAUUAAAGUUUUUGUACGAGUGCGACCUCUGACCCAGGGUACUGGACUGGCCACGGAUGGAGAUCAGAGUCUGUGUCUCACAGUUGCUUCACACAACACUGUCCGUCUGCUAUCAAAACCUGAGCCACGAACCUUCACCUAUGAUCAUGUCGCUGACAUGGACACAUCUCAGGCUGCUGUAUUUUCCAGCGCAGCCAAGAAUAUUGUUGAGUCUUGUAUAAAUGGCUACAAUGGUACUAUUUUUGCAUAUGGACAAACAGGCUCAGGGAAAACAUUCACCAUGCUUGGUCCAUCUGACUUGGAUAACUUCACAGAUGAACUGAGAGGUGUUAUUCCUCGAAGUUUUGAAUACUUGUUCUUUCUCAUCAAUGGUGAAGUAGAAAAGUCUGCCAAAUCCAAAAGUUUCCUGUGCAAGUGUUCAUUUAUUGAGAUCUAUAAUGAGCAAAUUUAUGACCUACUGGACACAGCCUCAGCCAGCCUUUUCCUCAGAGAGAACAUCAAGAAAGGUGUGUUUGUUGAAGGAGCAGUGGAGAAGUUUGUGACAUCAGCUGCUGAAGCUUACCAGGUGUUGUCUGUGGGCUGGCGUAAUCGGAGAGUGGCCUCCACCUCGAUGAAUCGUGAGUCUUCACGAUCUCAUGCAGUGUUCACAAUGACUUUGGAGUCCAAAGAGUCCAUCAAUCAAGUGGUCAACAUCCGGAUGUCUCAGCUGAACCUGGUGGAUCUGGCAGGGUCAGAGAGACAGAGGGACACCCAUACAGAAGGUUCCAGACUCAAGGAAGCGAGCAGCAUCAAUCGCUCCCUCAUGUGCCUUGGUCAGGUGAUUAUGGCAUUGGUGGAUGUAUCCAAUGGAAAGAACCGGCACAUCUGCUACAGGGACUCUAAACUCACGUUUUUGCUUAGAGACUCACUUGGAGGAAAUGCAAAAACCUAUAUCAUAGCCAACGUUCACCCUGGUUCAAAGUGCUUCGGUGAAACUCUGUCUACCUUACAUUUUGCUCAGAGGGCAAAAUUGAUUAAGAAUAAGGCUGUAAUCAAUGAAGACACACAAGGAAAUGUGAGGCAGUUGCAAGCUGAGGUGAAAAAGCUGAAGGAGCAACUUGCACAAGCACUUGCUUCUCAGGUGAAAGACAGUGGAAGAGAUGUGGCACCAGGAGGACCUGAACUCCCCACUGGGUCAUCCCCACAGAUCCACCUUGAAGUUCCAUACAAAGCAAAGUUUAUUACUGCUCUUCAUCUUUGGAGAAAGCAACAAGAGGAGAACAGGACGCUGCUUGAGAAGAUGGCUCAGCUUGAGAAGGCCUGGCUCCAGAAAGACAGAUUCAUUCACUCUAACCGGAUGAUCAUGAAGUUUCGAGAAGAUCAUAUUUCUCGGCUUGAGAAGAAGUUGAAAGAUCAGGGUUUAAUCUCAGAUGAUGAGUGUCAAACUCAGAUUGAGCAUCUGAAAGAAGAAAUACAGAUCCUCAAAGAUCAGGUUGAACAUCACCCAAAGAUGACCCGAUAUGUAGCAGAAAACUACAGCCUGAGAGCAGAGAAUCAGCAGCUCCGUUCCCUGGAAAUAGUGAAGAAGGCGGAAGAGGCUGCAGCCCAAGAUGUUGCGGAGCUCGAAGAGGCUUUUCAGAAGGCAACACAGUCAGAGAAUUUUACACAGUCUUCUUCAACACCUUUAACUGUAGAUACUGUGUCUUCCACGGAGAGGCUGAAGGCUCAGCUGCUUCAGAAACAGUCAGAGCUCACAGCCACCAUUCAGGCUUUUGAGGAGUACAAAGAAGUCACCAAGAAGCAAAUGACUGUUUUGGAGUCUGAAAAAAGAUAUCUUGACAAGUCCAACAGGCACUUGGAAAACAUUCUGGAGGCAACAAAUGCUUGCAAAAAACAGGAGGUCUCCCAACUGAACAAACGUCAUGUUGAAACGAUUAAGAUCCUCUCCACACCAACCAAAGCGUACAACUUGCGGUCCCGCAUUGUUCCACUCUCCAGCCCAGACCACUUGAAAGAUGUUAAGAAUGAGGCAGAAGACAUUCGGGUUGAACAGCCACCUCCAGACAUGUCUGAAAUGGCCUGUCAGGCCUUGACUGAGGAGCUGGUUCAAGUGCAGGAGCAUUCUAGCCGUGUGCAAGCGCAGUUGGAUGAGGAGGAGCUAAAGAACAGCAAGCUUUUGCAGAAGGUCACAAAGCUUGAGGAGCAGAUUGCAGUACUGUUGCAAGAGUCUAGUCACAAGGAUGAGCAACUUUCUGCUGAGCGAGCAAACAGAAACACAGAACAGCUUAACCUGCAAGAAACUAUCAGCAACCUCCAGGAGAGCCUUCAGUCAGAACAGAAGGCUGCAGAAGUUCUGAGGAGUGAGAUUCGGGAUCUACGCCUGGUGCUGCAGUCGUCGGACAAAGAGCUGGCAGCUGUGAAGAAUGAGCUGCGAGAUGGUCAGAGUGAGCAGCAGAGAGAGAUGAGUCGCCUCUCCAGCAGUCUGAUCAGCACACAGCUCCAGCUGGACAAAGUCCGGCUUGAGUGGGAGCAGCUCUUAGAACAGCAUCAUGCACUACAAGAUUCCUUUGACCAGCUGCAAGCUGAGGCCAAGUUUGAGGCAGAUCAGGCAACACAGCAGCUAGAGGACAAGCAAAGGGAGAUUGCUGAACUGAAUGUACAGCUCACGGAAUUGAGUAAUUCUCUGCAAACGGAACAAGAGCACACAAGCUCCCUCACAUCCCAGUUAAGAGAAAAUAAGGAAAAUACAUCAAAAGAACUUAUCGAAACCGUGGAGCAAAACGCACAACUUUCAAGACAAAUCUCUGAUCUAACCACACAAAAUCAACAGCAGGUGUCUACAAUUGCUACUCUUGAGCAAAAUCUGACCUCUGCCAAUGAAAUUGUUAGAGGCUUGGAGCAGAAGACAGAGCAGGACAAAGGCGUUCUUCUGGAGUUGAUUAACCAAACUAGAGACCUGCGCAGCGACCAGAUCCAGAAGGAUCAGACUAUUACAGUCUUGUUGGAAGAUAUUAAAGACAUCACAGCCAAAUACAAUGCUGCUUGCUUUGAAAGGGAUGAAGUCAAGGAGCAAAACUUGAACAUGCAGAAUGAACUUUGUGAUCUGAAAGAGGCAUUAGACAGGAGGGUAGCAUCCAACAGAAUUGAGGUUGAGGUGUUGCAGGAGGAGGUUGCUUUUGCCACUGAGGAGGUUGAGAGACUCACUAAGGUGUUGGAUGAACAAAACGGCCUCCUUCAAGCCUCUCAGGAGCAAAUGGCCCAGAAAGACAACACGAUCCAGAACCUGCAACAGAAGCUGAAGCAGCAGCAAGAAGCCAUUGAAAAAACGAUCAGAAAUCCUGUUCUUGAGUCUGCUGUCACACCAAAAUCAUUACCUCAGACACCUUACACUCCAGGAAGCUUCAACAGGGACCUGAACCAGGUGUUGGAGAGUCAGGAGCGGGAGCUGGAGAAUCGACGUUCUUCCAUGAUGACCAUGGAGAUUCUUUUAGCAGAGCUCAGUGCUGAGAGAGCAGCUAAGAAUGAGGAGAUCCAAAGGCUCAAGAUGCAGCUGAAUGAAAAGGAGAUGGUCCGAUUGGAGAUUCAGGGUUUGCUUGAUCAGUUUUAUACCAAGCAGACCCAGCUGCAUCAGAACGGAACUACAAAUAGUGAGGUAUUGAAUGAAGCUUUAAAGCAGUCCAUACUUACAGAAUUACAGGAGGAGAGGGCAGACAAGACCAAAAUAGCACAGAAGCUGUCUGAAACUCAAAAGAGACUACAGGCACAGGAGUCUAUGUUAGCCCAAUCUCAGACCUGCGUCCAGGAGCUGACCACAGAACUGAGAAACCGAUGUAUGGAGUUGAGAGAGUUGAACCUGAGGGAACAGAAUGAAGAAAAGCUUCUCUAUGAGGUUGAUGUUCUCCGUAACCAGGUGACUCAGUUGUCUGAAGAGAAUGGAAAACUUGUGGGACAUAAGAACCACAAACAGAGGAUAGAAUAUCUGGUAAAACUAAAAAAGGAAAACUCCAAACUUCAAGAGGAAAAUGAAAUGCUCCGAACAGAGAUGACCUUAAUGCGAGACAACACAGACUGGAUAUCCUCCUCCAGAGUCAAUGAAAGUCUCUGAUCGUUACC